UGGAGAUCGAGUGUUCUCCACCGGCCGGGUGGAUUAACUGGUGCUGACCAGGAAACCAGACCAAGCAGCGGUCUCUCUGUGUCAAAGUCCAAAGAGCCAUUGAGUGGAGGAGGAACUUUCGACCUGAAGCAUCAUGGGCAUCAUCUUCUCUCAGAUCUUCUCCAGGUUCACCUCCAGGACACCGGUCAGGAUUUUAAUGGUGGGUCUGGAUGCAGCAGGUAAAACCACUCUGCUCUACAGACUGAAGUUGGCCGAGGUCGUUACCACCAUCCCAACUAUUGGUUUUAAUGUGGAGACGGUGGAGUAUAAGAACGUCAGUUUUACAGUUUGGGAUGUUGGUGGUCAGACUGUCAUCAGACCUCUGUGGAGACACUACUACACUAACACACAGGGUUUGAUAUAUGUGGUCGACAGCAACGACCCCGAGAGGAUUAAAGAGGCUGCAGAUGAGCUGCAUAGGAUGUUGGAGGAGGAUGAGCUAAGAGGCGUGGCCCUGCUGGUUUUAGCCAACAAACAGGAUUUGCCCAGAGCCAUGUCCGUCAGUGACAUCACCGCGGCCCUGAGCCUAUCAGGGAUCUCCCAGCCGUGGGUCGUCCAGGCGUCCUGUGCCGUCAGUGGUGCAGGUCUGGUCCAGGGUCUGGACUGGCUCUCCACCCAGGUCCUCAGACAGUAGGAGCUGACGUGAAGCUGCAGAGUCCUCAAACGCACCAGGAUGUGAACUGAGGGGGAAACCAGGAGGAACACCACUGAUCCCAGUGGAAUGGACCUCUCACCUCUCACGUCCAGCUCAGUAGAAAGACAUUGGACCGCUGUGACCUCGUCCUCCUCAAAAUGAACAGUUUGAUCUGCACUCGUGUCCUUUUAACAUGAAUAUAACAACGAGGUGUCAGAUCAACAAGUUGAAACUGAAGAAUCCUAUUUAUUGACACCUUCCUGCUGCAGGUAAUUUGUUGUUGCACAAACAACUUCAUCAUCACAAACAAAUCGAACGUGGAAACUAUUGUUGUAGCUCUUGAUUCAUUACCCUGAUGUUUGGUUUCUUCAGCCCAGACGUUUCUAUGACUCGAUGGUAUAUUUAAAUUUUUUCCCACAUCAG